AUGUUUCCGUCAACUCAAAGUAAAACCCUAGGUCUUUUGUCAGCCACGUGUGCAUGGCUGGUGAAGUAUAAGGAGGAACGUGAGCAAUCGAGAAAAGAAUGUCCCAUAUGUAAUUCAAGUAAACACAUCACUGAAUCCACCGCACCAUCCACUAAUCAAGAGAACAGUAACGAUGCGUGGUCGAUGAACGGUUCUGAGAAUCCCUCCUCAUGCGAAAACACGAACACGGAGAAUUCUCUUGACUCGACAAAUAUCGUGAAUAAAAAACCACUCCUAACAUUGGAAGAAGAGUUUGACGCAGACUUCAGAGCAUCGCCUAGUCCAGCUGUUACAAGAAGGAAAAGUCUCAUCUCGGAGGAUUCGAAACGUUUGAAGUUAGAAAACGGUGAAGAAACGGAGAAGAAAGUUACCGAAAGUCAUACAUGCUUACCGCGAGUUACCAUCUACUAUGGUACAAGAACACAUAAACAGAUCAGUCAAGUGGUAAGUGAAUUCGCUCGCCUACCGUACGGUCAUGAUGAUCGAAUAAGUGAGAGUUUUGAUUUGACUCGAUUCCAUUUAAGACAUACAAUUCUGGCCAGUCGUGAUCAUUCCUGUAUUAAUCUAGCGGUACGGAACAGCGGCGAUGUGAAUGCGAGCUGUAAAGAGCUGAUAUCAUCUCGAGGAGUAGGAUGCGCUUACAAGAAUGCAAUGCGUGGUAAAUACGAGAAAGCCCAACCACUGCGUCGAUUGGUAUCGAAAAGCAUGCAAGGAUCUAGCAAUGUCUGGGAUAUCGAAGAUUUAGUUGAGGCCUUGAAAGUGUCAAAUCCAACGCUUUGCCCAUAUUUCUCGUCGACACGUGUGCUGACGCAGGAUGCUGAUAUUGUAUUUUGUCCAUUCACGUAUAUGAUUGAUCCAAUAAUUCGUGAUAACUCCGAAGUGACACUGAAAAAUGCGAUCGUUAUAUUGGAUGAGGCGCACAACGUUGAGGACGUCUGUCGAGAGGCAGUCAGUUUCUCGUUCACCGAAAAAGAAAUCGUUGCGGCAUGCGCUGAUUUUGGCAAAAAAGCCGCCGAUGUGGAAAAAGCGCUGAAUAAAUCGAAGCGAAAGCAGACGGCACAAGAGGGAUUGGACAACGUUGACGGAUGGAAAACAGAGCAAACUUCUGAUGCAUUGAACAAUUUAAGUACCAAUUAUGGGACGGUGAAUAAAUUCAUGAGCGAUUUGUUGGAUUGGUUUGUUGGAAUGGCAGCCGAAGUUUUGAAUAAAACGAUGGGUCGAGAUGACCGACAAAGCGAAACCUUCUCAUGGGAACGCUUGUAUACAUCUUUCGAAGAGAGCAAAUUGACAGUUUUCGGUGAAAAAGGAAAAUCUUCAGCAUAUUCGAGUUUAUUGACAGCUUUAAGUGUGGUGUCGGGUUUGAGUGGUGACGAUAGUGACCGCGAUAUGGUAUAUGAUCAGUACAGACCACUGUCUGCAUCCGUAACGUGUGUCGAGAAAUUUCUGUAUUUCUUCAGAACUUAUUUCAAGGACGAUAACAGAACUGUUUAUAAGCUGUUCAUUUGCAUUGAUAAGCCGUUUGUACCGUUCGCUGCAAGGAAUCGUCAAAGCGAUAUUGAUGAAUUGUCAUCGAAGGAUGUGCUGGAUAUGGGGAAGGUAUUCACUGAAAAUGCAAACGAAUGGCUCGAUUCGAGGUCACCAUUCAGCGGAUACCACGAAAUUAAGCGCGGUUAUCGUGUUAAGCUGGACUUUUGGUGUAUGCGACCAGCACUGGCAUAUUUGGAUGCAUUCAAAGAAGGUCGCAGUGUUAUAUUGGCAUCUGGGACGUUAUGUCCAAUCGAGACGUUUCGUUCAGAGCUAGGAACUGAUUUCCCACAAACGAUGGAAGGUAGUCAAGUGAUACCAAAAGAGAAUAUUUUUGCUGCCGUUCUCCCGUCGGGCCCGACAGGUCAUCAUUUGUGUGGUACGUAUCGUAACGUGCAAAGUGACGAUCGAUUCAUUCGUGAAAUUUCGUUGCUGUUAAAGUGA